UUACCGAGCGAGUGUCAACCCUAAUUCUUUUUUAUCAUCGUUGUCUCUCAUCUGUGUUUCGUACUACGUGACGCUACAGAGAUCGAAUUAUCUUGGAAUAAAAAAUACAACGAAAUAAACGUUUUGUUAGUGCAAAUUGCAGCAUAGCAACAUUCUGAGAUAUGAGUGCAGUUCUUAAGAAACCUGAGCUUCGGGGGUUCUUAGCCAAGCGGAUAAAAUUCCACCUGGUUGCAGCUACUGUUUCUAGCUUGGCUGUUGGGUUUGUCUUCAAACUCCUCUAUGUGGAUCCAAGGAGGAAGCGCAAUGCAGAUUUCCACAAAACGUACAACCCAGACAGGCACCUGCAAGUAAUGAAGGAACACGGUCUCCUCCAGUCGUGCCCAUUAGAAACAUAAUUUUUUCAAUACACUAUUUAAUGAAGCGUAACGAAUAUGAUGUAGUGGAGACGAGUCAGCGGGUAAAAAUUACAGAUAAGUUGUAAAAAUGGUAAAGUGAAAAGUAUUCACUCUGUCAAUAAAAGAAAUUAUUCAGAAAAAAUAAA